CCCCCCCCCCCCAAAAAACACUCAAAGAUACACAAUGUCGAAACCAUCCAGAUACAUCAUCCGCACAAAUGGCGCCCCCGCUCCUCCGGCUUUUAUUUCACAAGGCACUGUCGUGGGCGACUUGGUUUUCUGCUCCGGACAAAUAGGCGUAGAUCCUAAGACGAACAAGAUGGUCGAGGGCACUGUACAGGAUAGAACUAGACAAGUCCUCAAGAACUUAAGCGCAGUGCUUGAAGCAGGCGGCUCCAGUAUCCACGACGUAGCCAAGGUGAAUAUCUUUCUAGCGGACAUGAAUGACUUCUCUGCCGUGAAUGAGGUGUAUGCUUCUUUUUUCCCGGAUCCGAAGCCGGCUCGGACUUGUGUUGCGGCCAAGACGCUGCCCAUGGGAACGGAUGUUGAAAUCGAGUGUUCGGGUGUAGUGACUCGGCCCGAGGUUUUGAAGGCCCGUCUUUGAGUCUUUCCUUUGCUUUGUUGAUUUCAUUUCAUUUCAUUUCAUUUCACUGUGUUGGGGGCUUGGCUGUAAAUAACCUGAAGGGAUAUUGCGAGUAGAG